CCACAAUGAGUCAUGAAGUGCUGGUUUGGAUAGGAAUGCGUGCUCCGCUAGCUGCUCUGGCUUCUGUGGCAUACUCAGGAGAGUCGACAUCGAGCAUAGCUGCGAAGGCGUCGUGGUCUCUUAAAGCCAGGGUCAGUCGUAGAGUACGUGUAAAAUGCAAGGUUGGCCAACACCGGCGAGUUCUCUACGGAGAUCAAUCGCUUCACCGUUGCUCCGGACGAUGUCUGAAAGAAGUUGGCUUGGCUUAGGCAAGAGCGGGCGGCCACGAGACGUAUGUUGGGGUAUUGACGCGGUUCGUCAUUUCCCCUGUCUCGACAUAGUUGAGCUUAAUCAACCCGUAUUGGCCGGCUGUCAACGUUAUCGGUCGUCUGAUCGUCGCCGUAAGCGGACAGGGUGGAAAGUGCACAGAGCAACAAGACGUGACGCAGAAAGCACCGCAGGUGAAAGAAUAGUGUAGGCUACAAAAGUGCUAUUGGACGCUGAAAGUGGCACAAUAUUGCGUCGCGUAAGGAUGACUUCACUCGACGGACUAUGGUGGCUGUAUGUAAGCCUGCGCAACACAGAUCAGCAUGGAUCAAGGGCAGCAGCGCGGGCAGACGACUCCUCAAGUUUUCGUGUCCGCCAAUCGUUUUCGAACCUCGCUCUCCUGUCACCUCAUAUCACGCUCCGGGUAAAAGGUACAUGUCUGUACCCCGGCCAGCAUCAGUCAAGUUCUUUGCGAUGCUAACGGCCACAGCUCGUCUUGUGACCAGCACAAGAGCGU